UUGACGAGAGAUUUAUCAGAUUCAUAACCUUGCAAAUGUGAUUCACACUUUUUAGUCUUAAAAAAACCAAAAAAGGAACCCCUCGAAACUGACAAAAUCAAUUGAAAGUAUGUGAGACCAUAAUUUGUUAAUGAAAAAAAUGAAAUAAAAUUCAUAGCAUUGGAGAAUCUGACGGACGCAACUCCCGUUUUUAUGCCUCCAUGGUAAAGUGCAGUUGCUAUCGUCACUUCGUUUCCGUCAGCUUCAAUGACGAUAGAAACAUCUUGACUAGGCAUCGUAAUUCACUUCAUAUUUCACUUGUAAACAGUUAUUGUAAUAAAAUAUAGAUUACUGUUGGAAAGUAAUGUGUUCUGUGUCGAUUCCUGUCGUAAAUCAGAAAUUAACUUGACAUGACCUAGUUCUAUCGUUAUUCUGUCAGAUCGCCAACACUAACGGUAGCAACAAUCAGGUCACCUGCCACAAUUUAUCAGAGACUGGUCAAGCGAGACUAUACUGCGCAUGCGAGAUCUGGGCCGCUGAAGGUCAAUUUCCGGUCGGGAGAUCGUGAUUAUUUUGGAUAGUUUUCACUCAAAUGCAAGAAUCAUGCCAUCGCGCAGCACAGAGUGGCGGAGAAAGCUGAAACAGACAGAUCCUGAAGAGUACAAGAGAUAUCUGGAACAACAAAAAGUCCGCAACAAAAACGCACGUGAUAAACUGAAGGAAGAACUUAAAAAGAAGAGACCAGCCAAAAAACUUCUAGAAAAAAAAGAACAUCAAAAGGAACUGGGACGGGCUCGACAGAAAAAGUAUUGCAGUUUGAAUCACACAGAAUACUCAGAUAACAAGUCUUCUUCGAAGGGUUCGAAUGGCCGAUGUGCGAAAGCUCUAACUCGACAACAACAACAGUCAGUGAAGGAGCGAAACAAACAUUACAAACAAAAAGAAAGGAAAAAUUGGUCCGUCCAAAAACAAGUGUGGAUGAAAAAGAAAGACCGUGAAAGAAAACGAGAUAAACGUGAACAAGCCCGAGCUAGACGUGCCAAUUCUCAGCAAUCUGCACCUAGAAAUAUAACCACCAGUUCAGGGUACAAGACGAAAAAAACACAGUGGAAUGUGACAGCAAAAGCUAGGGCUUCUCUUCCAAAUGACCCCCUUCGGUAUGCUACUGUUGUGUCCAGCCUUGCAAGUAAGUGCUCUCCCCGUAAAAGGACAGCAUUGAAUGCGAUUGGAUGUACGACACCGCCAAUUCCAAGAAAAUACCGAAAACUGAAUGUUAGAUUGUUUUCGCCGCUAGCCACUGAAAAGGUCACUCCGGAAGUAAAGGGAGCUGUCAAGAUCCUUGCGAGAAAACUGAUAGGGAUCGCAAGUAAACGUGCUAUUGGUCGUGAAUUCAACAUUGAUAGGAGGUACAUCAAAAAGAAGAAGCCGAGGAAACUUGCCACUGAUGUUGCUAGUAUCCAGAAGUUCUACAAAAGAGAAGAUAUCAGCAGAGUCUUACCGAUGAAACGCUAUGCUACUAAAGCAGGACCAGCCUAUUUGCUACAGAUGUCAUUGAAAGCUGCUCAUUCCAAAUAUCAAGAGGAAUUUCAUGCCAAAUGUAGUUAUGCCAAGUUCGCUAGACUACGCCCCAAAAAUGUGAAGCUUCUCACAACGAAAUACAGAGAGUAUUGCGUUUGCAUAUAUUGCAUCAAUGUGCGUUUCAAGCUGUUAACAUUGUCGAGACAAGUCAAAGAACCAGGAAAGAAGCAUGCCAAUGAGACUGACCUGCUCAACAUCCUGCUGUGUCCUAAGCCUGAUACUGCCAGAUUCCACGGCAUAGAAUGCGUGAAAGGUGCUUGUAAGAAAUGCUGCAAUUUCAAGAAAACCCUGUUUUCUUAUUUCAACUUUUCUCAAGCUGAAUUGAGCAACCCUGUAGUCUGGAGUUCCUGGAGGAAAACUGAAUGCAAUGGGAAAACGAAACGCAUGCUGAUUAGCAAAACAGCCACCCUGGGUGAUCUGAUGAAGGAACUUGUAGAGGACGUCCUUUCACCCAUCAAGAACAAUACCUUUAUUCAGCACUUGUUCACUGCGCAUUGGCAAUAUUUCCAGUUUGCCUGCCUUAGAGACAGCCUGCCAAAGGGCUGGAUCUUGCAAGUCAUGGAUUUUGCCAAGAACCGAUCAACAUUCUAUGAAAACGAAAUAAAAGGAGCAUUCUAUUCCCCAUCACAGAUUACUAUGCAUCCAGUGGUAACCUUCUACAACAGUGCUGCAGGUACUGUGCGACAUUCAGUUAUCGUUUUCUCAGACGAUAAUCAGCAUGACUAUCAUGCUGUGGACCAUUUCACAAAGGAAGUUGACCAGUUGCUCAGGGAACACAUGGAAUUCCAGUCAGUUGUUGUCAAGUCAAUCUUUAGUGAUGGCUGCGCUGCACAAUACAAGAGCUCUGGACCACUCUGUGAUGUCUCUCUCAAAGGUCACAAGAUUGUACGAAACUACUUCGGAUCAGAACAUGGUAAAGCUGACGGCGACGGCGAAAUAGGGCUGGUAAACAGGGCACUUGAUCGGGCUAUAUGUGGUGUGGGGACGGUGAUUAGCAGCGCAUAUGAUGCAUACAGGUGGUGCACUGAACAUUUCCAGCUCAACAACACAUUGUCGAAACGGAGUUUCAUCUACGUUCCAAAAGGGGUCAUACCACGCUCGAGAAGUGUCACUGACGUCAAGACCAUUCCACAAACCAGAAAGAUCCACCAAGUAAGGAACAAUGUUGGCCGGCCAUUCAUACUUCACACAAGGGAGCUGUCCUGUUUCUGCUGUAAUUGCAAUACAAGUGUUGAGCUUGGGUCCUCUGCCAAGACAGCAAAAUGUACAAACAAGACUGUAGUUGGCUGUUACCAGGAGAAGAAGUUGCAGUUGAAGAAGCCUACAGCUCUGGUGGAUGAAGAAGAAGAUGAAGAGGAACUUCAAGAUAUUAUUGAUGGUUUGCUGAAUGGUGAGUUGCUGAAUGAUGAUGGAAAGUACGAUGAGGAGUCCGAGGGCGAGGGGAAUGGAGAGUAUUCCAAUGAGUCAGAGGUGGUGGAGAAUAGAGAGACCGCAGAGUCCGAGGUUGAGGAUGAUGGGCAGUUCAAAGAUGAGUCCGACUCUCACAGUGAGGUCAAUGAAAUUGAAAUUUCUGACUCAGUAUCUGCCAUAGAUGUAGCCCUGAUUACGCCUACACCAAUAGCAGACUAUUUCGCCGACCAAAUACAGAUGGUGGAUAGAAGAACAUUUUUCUCCAACCUGCAGCAACAUCUAGGAACACUGGACUAUGAAAACCUUCAGGACCUUGCUCCCCAACUGGUCGACAUGAUUGAAGCAAAGUAUCCACUUCGUCCCCUUCUACCCAACUGCGACAGCUGUUCCAUUGACAAGCCUUCGAUCUCCCUCUACAAUGGGCCGAGCACCCAUGUGCCUGUCGAGAUAUAUGGGGAUGGCAACUGUUUGCCACGGAGUGCCAGCAUGUUGAUCUUUGGUAAUCAACUGAGACAUGUUGAGAUACGUAUCAGGAUAGCUCUGGAAAUGGUGUCAUUUGAAAGCGUCUACUUGGAUAACGAAUUCCUACGCCAUGGGCUUACUGACACUAGCAUCGACAUCCUAAAGUGGUACUCAGUUCUGUCACCAUUCGUAAAGGAGACCAAUGUUCCACUGCAACUCUUUCGAAAAGAGGCCAAGGACUGUAUCGCCAAUGGCAAAUAUAUGGGUCCAUGGAAUAUGCAUGCCCUAGCCUCUGUCAUGAAGACAAGGAUUGUCUCUGUCUAUCCGACUUUAGGAGGCCCCAAGAUGGUUGCACUGCUAAGCAGAAGCGUUUAUCCAAGAAAUGAUCCAACUGAUGUUCAAAACUGUGCCUACAUCAUGUUCACCAAUGUUCAUGGUGAUGCGAACAAGAGCUUGUGGCAUCCAAACCAUUUCGUGGCAUGCCUUCCAAUUGGGAAGGAAGCACCUGUCCUGAUCAAUCAAAAAACUGUUUGGAAACAAACAACACGAAUGACAAAGACGUGGUUGGGUCAGUAAUGCAGGAAAUGUCGUUCACCAUGGGAGAGUACCUGCUAUGCCAAUACCAGAUGAAGAAAAACACUUUGCAGUAUGUUGGAGAGGUCACAGCUAUUUCUGAAGAAUCCCUUCCAUGUGUAGAAUUUCUGGAGAACACAAAAGAUCCUGUCUUGAAAAAAAGGAAGCAGAUACCUGAACGAGCUUUAGUGGACCAUAAAAACAUUAUUAAAAAACUUCAUGCGCCAGAAACAGUGUUUAGUGGCAGACAAGUUGUGUUGCUUUUUGAAGAACUUUUAAAAAGCUGUUAAAAUAGUUCAUUAUAUAAAUGUAAACAGCAUUUUUAUGCACUUAAAUGAUGACUUUAAUGAUGAAUAUGCCUUGUCUCUUAACUCUAUACCACCUGCAGACAUUUUUUUCUUGAAGUUGACAACUUAAAAAGGCUUUGUAAACACAUGAAAAAAAAACACGUGAUCUGCACACAA